ACUUAUAACAGUGUAAAGCAACAGUGGAAGUGUUUGUGAAGCUAGCUUUUAAAGAAAUCCGGUAAAAACCCGUGUUGUAAAUACUGACAAGUCUCUGUGUUUUCAUACUACAAAGAACGUAAAGAUAACAUUAAAUCUCCCUCAGACCUUGAAAUUGUGCAAUGUGCAGUGGUGUUUCGACUUACUUAUAACUGAUUUUUAUCAAUUAGUGUUGAAAAUUUAGAUUUAUCACAAAAAAUAGUAGUUCAUAGUAAUACUAUUAAACAUAUUCAAAAGUGGGUAGAAAACUAAUCACAUUACGUGGCCUGUCGCUACGAGACCGGAACAUCAUCCUGGCCAACUAUUUCGCCACUUUUAGUACGUGCAUCAGUAGCGAGUUUGGUACUACAGCUGCCUUAAAUUCGCAUAACACCCGGUUCGAAUCCUACCAACUACGUGCCGAGAUUAUUUUCGUUUUUAAUUUCAUUUUAUAAUUUCGUUACAACAAUGGUUGGUACUUGUGAAGCAUGCAAAGAGCACAUCAGCGUAACCGUAAAGCGGAUAAAAUGCAAUCUGUGUAGCUGUAUGUAUCACUCUGACUGCGUUGGAUUUACGGGUGACUCGACGCAAGCGAGGACUCAGUGGAAGUGCCCGAACUGCGUUGCUGCAGCACGAAAAGGCGGGGACAACAGUAACACGCCAGUUCGAGUUGACAAAUUAAACAAGAUCCAGCGCUCGGUUUGUGACGAUUCUGAUGAUGCGUUGUCCAAACGUGACGUCACAAAAGAGUUAACUGAUAACUCAAAGUUACUCUGUCGUUUUGAGAACAUCUUAGACUCUAAGCUGAAAACAAUCAAGUUCGAAAUAGUCGAGGAACUUAAAACGACCAUUUUUGCGGAAAUAAAAAGCGAAAUCGCAUCUCUGUCGUCAGAAUUCUCCCAACUUCAGGCCUCUUACAGUCAGCUCCAGAUAGAAAACGAUCAUCUCAAAAACGACUUACGCGUACUACAGGAGCGCAUCGAUGCAUCUGAUGAUCAGGUAUCGGACCUGCGCGCCCAGUUCGGCAGACAACAGCAACAGGCAAGAAUUAACAACUUAGAAAUCGUAGGGCUGCCUCAAACGAGUAGUGAAUCGCCAGUGGAUCUUGUUUUAAAGAUUGCCAGGCAUGCGGGCGUUGAACUCAAGCAGGGCGAUAUCGAAUUUGCACACCGUGUCCAACCACAAAAGACCAUAACGGGAAGACCCAAGCCCAUUGUAGUAAAAAUGAAAAACCGACUGUGCAAAGACAAUCUACUCUCCGGAUUAAAAAGAAAAAAGGGCGUUUGUACGAAAGACAUAGGCAUCGAAGGCACGGAGAAAAAAAUUUUCGUAAACGAGCACCUAACACCGGAAAACAAGCAGUUACUAAAAGCUACUAAAACUCUUGCACAACAAAAGGCUUACAAGUAUGUAUGGGUACGUAACUGCAAUAUUUUUUUAAGAAAAAACGAGGAAUCACCUGCUUUGAACAUACGUCUCGAAAAGGAUCUAUCCAAAAUAAAGUGA